AUGUCGGAAGCCCGUCUUUUUACUGUUCGACCAUUGUCGAAGCAAGCGAGGAAUGAUUUUAAAGAUGCUUUCCGCAUCAACCUAUCAUCUUCUUCCCUUGCCAGCCUCAAACUUCGGGCUGGGGACAUUGUCAAUUUGAAGCCAACUGAUGGACCUUCCAAAACCGCGAUAGCCUGGACCGCAGCCGAGAGCAUACAGAAUACAGUUGUGCAAACCUCAAGGAUCCUGCAAGACUGCUACGAGAUCAAAGUUGGGGAGAAACUAUCUAUCAAUAAGUUUGAUGGUUUUUUGGAAGAAAUCGAAUCGAUUUCCUUGGUGGAGUGUUCCGAUCCUGACAGGCUAACAAGAUAUGGGCACCUUUCUGAUCCGGACAGAUCCCAUUGGACCUGGUCUCUAGAGUUUCCCCUAUCAAGAUGCGAAUUUCUCACAGUUGGCCUGAUAUUUGAAUUGGAACUUAAAGGCCAACGUAGGAACUUCAAGAUUGCAGGUAUACGGGCUCAGAAUCCAACUACUUCUAAUACUUUAUUUCGAUUCGCCGAACACACCAAAGUCUUAAUUGGUGAUGGCCUAGAAGACCAAGAAGAAAAGCAACCUUCCAAGCUCAAGGUACAGAAUACUGGCUUGGGCGGGAUGUCCCACCAAAUUGACAGUAUAAAUGAAAGCCUCGCGGAUUUCAACCAAAAAUCCCAAAAGUUGACAAUGCCUUCCUUCUACGUACAUAGUAGGGGCAUUCUUCUGUAUGGACCAAAGGGAACAGGCAAAACCGCGCUUUUGCAUCAAAUACAAGAAGCGGGGUGGAAAAGAUCAUUUAACGUUGGCUCUUCUACGUUCAGUAGAAACAUUGGCGAUGCCGAAGCCAGGCUUCGCAACGUUUUCCAAGAGGCGAUCCGCUGUCAGCCAAGUGUUAUUAUGAUCGAUCAAUUGGAGUUUAUUGCACCGAAACGGACAUCACUCGAUUCUCAAUCCUUAGCCCUAGUGUUAUGUGAAUGCUUAGACGUUGCUAAGAGUGCUCUUGUCUUAGUUGUGGCUGCAACUAGGCAUCCAAACGAUGUCGACGAUGCCUUGAGGACACCCCAUCGACUGGCAACGGAGAUUGAACUUCAAGUUCCUACAGCCCAGGAUCGUGCUGAAAUUCUAUGUGCAAUUCGUGGACCUUCACUCUCCGAACUGAGUGAGAAGCUCAUAGACACGAUAGCAGAAAAGACGCACGGCUAUGUUGGAGCUGAUCUAUUUGCAUUGCUUCAACUGAUUUGUCGUAAAGCAAGGCAGCGGCAAAUUCUUGAACAUGGACGGCAAAACGCGCCCUGUGCCGCUGAUUCUAUGUCCUCUGCCUUCCAUCUCGGGGAUAAUGCCGAAGAGGAGACUAUGGUAUCUUUGGAUAUACAGGAGUCAGACGUUCUCUCCGCCUUGCAAGAAACUCGACCCACUGCCAUGCGAGAGGUUUUCUUAGAAACACCAAAAGUUAGAUGGUCAGAUAUUGGUGGGCAGCAUAGCAUCAAGAGGCAUCUUCAAAAAGCCGUUGAAAGACCCCUAAAGUUCCCUGAGCGAAUGAGGAGACUCAAUGUGAAUAGCAAAAAGGGCAUCCUUCUUUAUGGCCCUCCUGGUUGCUCUAAGACAUUGACUGUGAAGGCACUGGCAACAGAAGCUGGCCUGAAUUUCUUGGCAGUGAAAGGCGCCGAAAUUUUAAGUAUGUAUGUUGGAGAAUCUGAACGAUCCUUACGCGAGAUCUUUCGAAAGGCUCGAUCUGCCAGGCCCAGUAUUAUAUUUUUCGAUGAAAUCGAUGCAAUCGCCUCCAAGCGCAGCGGCACUUCUCAAGGAGGCGUCAAUGUACUAACAACUUUGCUGAAUGAAAUGGAUGGCAUUGAGGAAUUGAAGAAUGUUUUAGUCAUUGCUGCUACAAACAAACCUGAUGUUAUCGAUCCGGCCCUGAUGCGCCCCGGUCGUUUGGACAAUAUUCUCUAUAUCGGACCCCCCGAUUUUGAAGCACGCAAAGAGAUUUUGAAGAUCUGGUCCAGCAAGUCUGUGGUUCACCCAGAAGUGGAUAUGGAUGAGCUGUCUUUAAAAACCGAGGGUUAUUCUGGAGCAGAGAUUGUGAGUAUCUGUGAAACAGCUGGUGAUGCAGCAUUAGAUGAGGAGGAAGAGACAGGUAAAAAGCAAGAUGUCAAGUGGAAACACUUUAAACAUGCACUUGGACAAGUUAAGAGGCAGAUAACAGAUGAUGUUAUUCGGGAAUAUGAGCAAUGGAGGGGUGUUUCUUGA